AUAUGCAGCAAAUUCACAGGGAAUCUUGGAGACUUUCCUAAAAUCAAAAUGAGAAAGGGACUUGACCUUUCUAGAAAGAUCACCCCAGCAAAUCUAUCUCUAAAGGAUACAGAGUAAACAUAUGGUAUUUAAAAAUAGAUUAGCAGCAUGUCUGCCGCCUCAUCAGUGGAAAGAUCUAAUGAUCAAAUACGUGGUAAAGUCAGGACUCGGUCUGAACAUCGGAGGAAUAAGAAUACCAACACCCAUGAAGUGACUUUACCCACAUUGUGUCCAAAGUCGUCUCUCUCAACGGACUGCCUGCCCACGUCAGUGGUCAGGCAUCCCAAAGUCAUCCAUGAUGUUGCCUCUGAAAGAACAUCAGUGCUGCAGCUUCCUCCACUGAGUUCUCAAGUUGGAUCUAGGACUGUCAUAACUAACACAACAUGGUCUCAGGAACCUGGAUCCAAGGUUUCAGCACUAGGGACAGAUUCACUUGUCACGUCCGCUGCUGAGGUGACAGCCAGAAGUCUUAUGAAGAAUCAUGCACUCAGAGGAGAUUCGACUGGCCAGGAUAAGCUAUCUUCUUUGAAAGGAGAGAAAGUGACAAAUCGGACUAAGAUGCUCCUCACUGGAACAGAUGUCCUUCAAAUGUUUGCCCAGAAAAGGCAGCAGGCGGAUUUUCAGCAUUAUUUUCUCAAAGCUGUGCACGACAACAUUUACAGACCCUAUGACCUGCAGGUGGUUGAUUCCAGUAAGGCAGGCUCUGAGCACUACAUCUUCUCCCGCUAUUCUGUCCUAUAUGUGACAGAAAAAGGUUGUGGUGGAUUUGUCAGUCUAGCAGAGUGGCACAAAGAGUCAAUGUUGUGGACAGCCUUGCAGGAAAUUACAUUCUUUAGAAACUUCAGGCUGCGAAAAUCUUUCACCUGGUGGCAGAGAUGUGUGCAGAAGAUACGUUUUCAUCGCCGGUGUGAGGCUCUGCGAGACCAGCUGCUGAUCAGUGUGCCUCGGUUUAGAGAUGCUCUUUAUUUGUUUUCCAGUUUUAUAGAAGACGUCAAGGAGACUCACUUGCUUCCCUUGGGAGAAUUUCAGAGCUACACACUGCCUGACUUCAGGGCAGCACUUAAUGUCAAAAGUAAAGAAUGUCUCCAAAUUCUUAAGAAGUUUUCAGAGUAUCGCACUGCCAUCUUAAUUGAGGUCAGGGAGGACGUCUUCAAGGAACACCAGGAGCUGCAGGUGCAUGUGCAAUAUGCUAAAAUCCCAACUAAGUGCUAUAAACCUAUUCACCUCCAGCUGGCUCACCAGCAGCAGCUAAAGAGGCAAUUUGUUCACUCCAAAAGCACCCUGCAGAAGUUGGGGAACUUUGGGAGUCUUAUCAAUCACAUGACGUUGCAAAGCUUGGCCACAAUCAUCAGUCAAGAUGUCGUCUCUUUCCUGAAAUGUGUUCUGGAGAGAGAGAAACCGCAGCAGUGCAGUUUUUUCCAAACUGAGCUGCGUUUCAGUGCUGAGAAUCUGUUGACAGUGGAGCCACCAGUACAUCUGUUCAAAGAGGCAGUGAGUGAAGUUUUACUGACUGCUGCUGAUUACAUAGUUGAGACAUGCGAAAGAUGUGGAUUAUUCUUAGAAAUGAGCAGCUCUGAUUCUUCACUUGAUUUUUCUGAGGACCCCAGUGGUGUUGAGCCUCUUACUAUGAAAGAGGUACUCACCAAUUCUGAUGGAUCAUCUGGCUGCAGAAAUCUUUGCAGCUGGCAGAUGCUCAGAGACGUCUCAGCUCACCUGCUGCUGCUGCCGAAGCAAAACCAGCUAAUGAUGCAGGGCAACAUGGUGCAAAGCUGCUACUAUCCUCUCUCUAAGAAGCAAUUAGAGUGGCAGAUAAGAAACAGUGACCCUUCAAAACACGCUGAGACUGAGCUGGUCAAGAUCAUGAAGGCAGCUGAAGCAGACACACAGCGCAUGUUUGAGGACUACAAAUGGUUGGUGCACAUUAAUGCAUUUAUCAAUCAAUGGAGUUCCUCCGCCUCUGUGGAAUCAAUGACACGUCAGCCAGCUUCACAGUAUGAAGAGGACAUUAUAAAGAUCUGUGAAUGGAUUGAAAGAAUCAACACCAUUCCCUCGACCGUCUCUACCUCCACACAGAUGUUCAUUAUAUACUGCACCAACACUAAAGAAACUCUAGAGCACCAGCUGAAGGUCAUUGAAAAGGCGUUGCUUGAACAGCUUGUCAUGCAGAUUAAGCUGCACUCAAAGAGUUUUAUAUCAGACUUGGAAAUGAUGAAAGAUGAACUCACAGCAGAUCCACAGGACUCACAUGAUCUAUCAACAUAUGCACAAAAGCUUUCACAGUCUCUGGAAAUGGUGCCUGACAUGCAGACGAGGCUGGAGUACAUUCACUCCCUUCAGGACGUUGUUUGCAGAUAUUAUAGAGAGAUGACAGAGCAGGAGCAGAUUGUGGAAGACAAGAUGCUGCGCCUGUGGGAGAGCUUCAGACCGUUGUUGAAUGAAGCUGAGUCAGUCAUUAGUCACCGUCGGCCCUCAGCUGUUAAUGCAGUGGACACAAUGGUCUCACUUAUGGGCCGUGACCUUGAAAAGGUCCUCUCCGAAGCCUCUUCUGGACCCUUCCUCGACCCGGCUCAGAAUGCAGAAGAAAUGGUCUCCAAACUUAACGAGAUGUGUUCACAUGGUAACAAACUGUAUGCGAAGCUGAAGCGACUGAACACAGAAAAACAAAACCUACAAGGAUGUGCAGUGGAUUUGAACAUUUUUACAGCAAACAUUGAAAAAGUAACAGCCUGUAACGAUUUGUGGAAACUGAGAGCUGCAUUCACCACAUGGUGUGAGGAGUGGAAACUGCUGCUUUUCAGUAAGGUACAAGUGUCUGAAGCUCAGCAGAAAAUUGUUACGUGGAAGGAACAGGCUCGGUCCAUAACAGGUAUCACACCAACCCAUGAUGCAGUGCUGCAAGGAACAUUCGAGGACCUGGAAAGCUUUAGCAAUCAGCUUGCAGUGAUGGCCAAGUUGCAGAGCCCCACACUCAGGCUUAAACACUGGAGAGCUAUUUUUAAAGGUUUGAAUCUCCCUGAGAUCCCAGAGAAGGAAGUAACUGUUAAUGAGCUGAUGUCCAAACAGCUUGAAGUUCAUCAGAAGUUAAUAACACAGAUAUGCACUGAUGCUGAGGCAGAGUUUAAUAUGGAGCAGACCUUCCUUAAGCUUCAAAAAGGGUGGAAAACCAGACUGUUGGAGCUGGAUGAUUUCACUCAGUUGGUUUGGCAGCAACCGGAAUUAACAGAAUUACAGAAGUCCAUGGAGGGUAUUGAACUCCAAACGUCUAGCCAACACUCCUGUAAUGAGUCGAGAUUCAUCAUUACUGGUUUUGAAACUUGCUUUGCUGAGAUAGAGAAUGACCUGAUGAGUCUUUCUGUGAUGUUGAAGUCUCCGUACAGUCUUGACAUUAGGGAGCAGAUGGAAGACUGGGUUCAGUCACUGCAGUAUCUUGAAAAACUACUUGAUUUAUUUGAAAGUUACCAACAAAUGUGGACUUCUCUGACAACGACGUUUAAUGGAACAAUUUUUGCUGCUCAACAUGGAAAUCUGCUCGAAGAGUUCAAACCUGUUGACAUGGAAUUUAAGGAGAUAAUGCAAACCCUAUCAACUGACCCCCACGUGUUGAACUUGAUUGACUUCAGCAGAGCAAGUGAAAGAUUUAGUGGUAAUGAUCUUUACACAGUCCUUAUCAAUGGACUGUCAAUAAUGGAGAUGAUCUCCAGCCAGAUGACGGACGCCCUGGAUUCACCACGUGAACAGUUUCCUCGAUUGUGGUUUUUGAGUGACAAGGAAGUAUUUCAGCUACGUGUCGGUCACCCAGCACCUUCAAUAUUUCAGUUUUUUGUUCAGAAAUGCUUUAAAGGCGUUCACAGCCUGGACUUCAAAGAUGAAAUCAAAAGAAAUGCACAAAAGAUUGAUGGGGACAAAUUUGGACGUGGACAGAUACAAGUUUGGGGAUUUUCUUCACUCCUUGAGGAGCACAUUCACUUCAUAUCUCCGAUAAAACAAAAUCUCCAUGUGCCAGUUUGGCUAAGUGAAUUUGAGAAGACAUUGAGCUUGACCGUAAGGCGUCUUUUAAAGCAGUGUUAUUCUGCAAUGAACAAGUUCCAGGCAUCACGCAACAAUAGACCUGUUGUUGGAGAAAAACCAGAUGGAGGUCGAAAAGAUACUCAACAUGUCCUGGAUGUGUUGGCCGAGUAUCCUCUCCAGUGUGUGCUGCUAGCUGAAGAGGCUAAGUGGUGCAGUGAUGUUCUUCAAGUAUUCCGAGAAAAAAGCGACGUGAAGCUCAGCACCCUAAAGGAAAACAAUGCCAAAAAACUGAAAAACAUUUGCCUUUCAAUAAGGAUUAAAUCAGCUAAAAGUCAUCCUUCAAUUUCUAAGUACACAAUGGUGUGUUUAGGUGCUUUAGUCCAGCUUACCAUGAAUCAUGCUCGGCAGCUCUCACAGCUCAUGGAGGUACAGUGUCAGCCAGAGUCGUCCUUUGAGUGGCUCAGUUUGUUGAAAUAUCAUAUAGGCCCAGAGAGUCCGAUUGUGAAGGGCAGUGAUGAUCCACCGUGUCAGGUGAAUGUUUUUGGUUAUAACUUCCAAUACGGCUGUGAGUAUUUUGGUCCAGAGGACUGUGUGAUGGUUCACACCCCUUCCACAGACAGGGCAGUGCUGGGCAUUCUCCUGGCUCUGACGAGCUACAGAUGUGGAUAUGUGACUGGUCCGUGCAUGUCCGGAAAGACAAAGACUGUCCUUCAGCUUGGGACAGCACUGGGGAGACAAGUUGUCCUCGUACAGUGUUCUCCACCUAUGAGACUGCUUAGACUCCAGCAGAUGUUAUCUGGUGCCCUACAGACUGGAGCGUGGCUUCUGCUCGACAGUGUGGACUUACUAACAAGCGAGGUGCUCUCCUCAGUAGGACAACAUCUAUUAGACAUUCACCAAUCCUUCUGUGGUUUGAGUCAAAGAGCGACUGAUGAGCAGAAAGAAACAACAGCUGCUGGAAAUGUCGGCUGCCUAAGUAUUGACCUAGCAGGAAAAAAGAUUCCUGCUAACCCCAAUUACGGAUGUGCUCUCAUCACCUCCAAAGGAUGCACAUCCAAUUUCUCGGAGAGUUUGUGUUUUGUAAUAAGACCAGUGGUGCUAAUCCGUCCAGAUUACAGGAUCAUUGCAGAAGUAACGCUCACGUCCUUUGGCUUCUCUGACGCCGUGGCUUUGAGUCAUCGUUUGGUGACUCUCAUCAGCCUGCUAAAAGAUUCUUUCUGUUUGCCUGGCUUUAUCAGUCAACACCAGAGCAGCCAUCUCAUUACCUUGCAGAAGAUCAUCUCCGUCUCUGGGAAAUACUUCAAAGAAAGUCUGAGGGAACAAGACAUUUUAAAUGAGGCUGCGGAAAAAAAUAAUUUAAUGUAUUUUCGAAAUGUGUCUUGCAAGGAGCCUGAGAAAGCUUACAACAAAUCUGAUUAUGCGCCGAGAUCCUCCAGCUCAUGUUUUAUCAAGCAGAGCCUAAUGGAGGAAACGGCUGUUGUCAAAGCAAUACUUUCUGUGUUAAUACCUGCCAUGUAUGACCAGAAGAAAGCCUCACAGUUCUACGUGAUUUUAAAAGAUUCAUUCCCACUCGUUUCUCAGUUUCCUCUUUCCCAGCACCAAGAUAAUCAGCUUAGAGAUGCUGUAACACGUGAACUGCAACUGAGGGGAUUUUACCCCGAUCCACAAAUAAUUUGCAGCACGCUCACCCUCCACCAGACAAUUCAAUUUUCUCAGACAGUUCUGCUUAUAGGCCCCUCAGGUAGUGGGAAGACAACUAGUUAUUCUUCUUUAGCAGGAGCUCUCAGUAGCCUGGCUGCCACGAAAUCAGAACACGUGAUGGAUUCACAGACCUUGGUCAACACUGUGGUUUUAUUUCCUAAUGCCAUGUCCCGUGAUGAUUUAUUUGGCUUCUUCUGUGCGAAACGAGGAUGGCAAGAUGGAGCUGUUACAAAAUUAUUAAGAAAGUUAGAUGUGUGUACAGUGUCCCGUGGGUGGAACAUGCAGAAGAAAAGUGAUCAUAAACCUGUAGCCAAAUGGCUGGUAAUGGAUGGAGAUCCUGUCGGGCAGCCCAGCUGGUUGGACUAUUUAACAACACUAUGUGAUGCCAAGGACCCUUGUUUUUCCCUACCGUCUGGGGAAAAACUUGUGCCAUCAAAAUUACACCUGAAAGUACUUUUUGAAAUGACAGACCUAAGCGAUGUAAGUCCCUCUACACUGAGUCGCUGCAGCCUCGUAAAUUUUGUAGGGGCUGACGUGUGGAAAUCUGUGUGGAAGAAGGAAGUGACUGCUCUUUCCCGCAUCUUCAAACUGGAUCAGGAUACCUUGAAAGUGUGGAAUCGUCUCGCUGAAGAUCUUUUCUCCCAAACUUUAAGUCUGCUUAGGCAGAAGGCUUUGAUCUCUGCGGUCUCCGGAGAAGGAAAAUAUUCUAACAGCCCCACACGUGGCCUGCAAGAAAUCCUAUCAUUUGUGCGGCUCUUAUCUGCCCUCCUACAGUAUUUCCAGAAAGAAUUAGAAAACACUGAGGCAAGACAAGACACCAGAGGAGAUGUAAGUCUACACGAUGGAAAGCUGCUUGCCAGAAACAUUUUUCUCUUGGCUUAUAUCUGGGGAUUCGGCGGACAUCUGCAUCCUAGCCACUGGCCACAGUUUGACCUGUUGGUCCGCCAAGUGCUGCUUUGUUGUCGAUACAAAAUUGUGAUACCAGAGGAAGAGAGUGUGUUCGAACACUUUUUCGGUAUCAACGUUAAGAUGUUUCCCAAAAACACACCGUCAUCAGAGUAUAGGAAGUAUUCCUAUCUCCUCAACAUCAUGUUGGAGGCAAAUCAGCCUGUGCUGCUGGCAGGUGAAUGUGCCACUGGGAAAACCAACCUGUGCCAGUCUUUGCUACGUUUUGAUCGGCCGCACAUUGGUCUAACCGCGAGUCCACUCCUGAGCUACAGAGAGUUUCUUGUUAUUCUUAAAAACUUCGACAGCCAGAGGCUCUGUAAAGAUGAUGCAGGUUCUGUAGCCGAUAAGUCCAGACUGCUGCUGUUUGUGGAUGAUUUGCAUGAAGCCCCCUGUGAUUCCUUUGGGAAGAAAUCAACUGCUCUAGAAUCCCUACGGCAGAGCAUGUCAACGGGAGGGAUUUUAACAUUUAUUAACAACCACUUUGAGUUGCUCAAUUCUGCCCAAAUCAGCUACCUGGCUACCUACUGUGUCUCAGGAUGUGGCCGUAACGUCUUAUCACCUCGACUGUCGCAGCUGUUCUCCGUCUUUGUGCUGCCAAGUCGAUCUACGGAGACGAUAUUCUCUCUCCAUUCUCAGAGAUUUCAUUCGUGGCUGGAAGGUUCGGAGCUUCAACAAAGCACUGAGGACAUGACCCGUUGUAUUAUCACAGCAACUAAGACAUUAUGUCAUGCUGUAAGUGAGCAGUUUCAACCAACCGCAGCGAGGCCACAUUUGAUGUUCUCUCAGCAUGACAUACAGAAGGUUUUUGAAGGCAUGUACCUGUGGCAGCCUACCAACAGAGCCACGUGGACAAGACAAAGAGAGAGCGCCCUCUCUGGACGUCCUCAGGGCCUCACAGAAACAUCAGCUUCAGUAGCUUAUCUCUGGAUGCACGAGUGCAUGCGUACCUUUGCUGACAGGUUAUGGUCAGAGAAAGAACGCACACGUCUCGUGUCACUCGUAGCCAAAGUUGCCACAGAACAUUUUGGAAUUGGAUUGGAUAAACUGCACAAUGAAAAUGUUCCAGUGGAUGUUCCACCAGCUGUCACAAAGUCUCAUCCACCCACAGACACCAAAGACACCUGUGAACAAACACACGAAGAUACAGAAUCUACCGAUCCAAUGAAAAAAGAUGCAUCUGUGGAAGCGUCCCCAGUGGCUAAAAAUAACACUUCAGAUGACAAAAAUCUAAACACUGGACCCGUACAGCCUCAGACUCUUCAACACAUUGAAACAAUAAUGUUGACUCUUGUAUAUGGACCUGAGCUCCUUGAACCUGACGGUUUUCUUGAACAGCAGCACAAAUUCAAAUUUGACUCUUGUUAUGUGGAACAAGACCCUAAUGUUCUGCUGCAGAAAUUGUCAGUUCUCCUAGACAGAAACCAGGGAUCGGACAUCGUUAAUGAUUGUGAUGUCAUAUCCAGAUACGUACUGCAUACAGAUAGAGUCAAACAACUGUUACAUAUACAAAGAGCGCUGCUCGUUCCAGGAGGACACGGAGUGCUUACGAGCUCUGAAGUAGGCACCGGUCGAAAGACAACUGUCCGUUUGGCCGCUUUGAUCACAGGCCACCAGUUGAUUGAGGUACAUCCGGGCAAUGAGAACGAGCUGCACGAAAUUUUGAAAGAGGCCGGGAAUCGAACCAGAGUGGACGGAGUUAAGGUCAUCAUACUGGCCCACGAAGAAAUAAGUGAGUGUGUUAGAGAGGAGCUUUUGGUAGCAAUGGCCCGCAGGACAUACCCAGCAGUUUACACAGAGGAGGAGCUGAACAACCUUGUUUCCAGAGUGACAGCUGUGGAAAUGUCAACCAGAUACAGAAUGGACAGUUGGAUGCUUGACAAGUUCUUAAACCAGGUCCAUAAAAAUGUCCACAUCUUCCUUUUGAUGUCUAAUCAAUCAAACAAUGAAAAUGACAACAAUAGACAACUAUUGAAGGCCCUGCAGCUGGGCUGCUGUAUUGAGCUGUAUCGACCGUGGUCCAGCCGGUCUUUAAUGGAAGUUGCUGCUCAGCGCUUGAAGAACAGAGUCAACGAUUUGGAGAGGGAAUCAUUAGUGGAAUGUCUGUCUGUGACCACGGCAGGAAUCCAUCAGUCUGCAUGUCGCUACGCUUCUGUCCUUCUUCAAGCCCAGCCUUUCAGUCCUCAAACCUACGUGGAGUUCCUGGCUCACUUUGAUUUUGUCUUCAACCACUUAAAAACUCAAUAUCAGGAAAGAGCAGACAGAGUUGCUUCACUUGUUUCUGUUUUGGACUCUUUGAACAAUGGGGCCCUGCAGAACAAGCAACACAUUGAGAGACUGAAAAUGAAGGUGGCCAAGACCCAGCAGUGUGAGGAAGGUCUUCUCAGAGCAGCAGAUAACCAGAGAAGGAAACUUGAUGAAACACAAAAGCAAUGUACAAUGGUGAUAAACCGAAUAAAAGAACUGGAAAUGCAGAAAGAACAGCUUGAAGGAGAGGUUAGGUCUGUGUUUCUAUCAGCUGUUGAAAUACUCAAGUGUCUGAAUCCUUCUGACCUGGAGGAGGUGCGACACUACAGAGAUCCUCCUGACAGAGUGGUGACAGUGAUGGAUUCUGUUUGUUUGCUGUUUGAUCGUCCACUGGGCUGGGAGAGUGCCAAACAGCUCCUGGGACAGUCGAACUUUUUUCAAGAACUGGAGUUUUUUGACCGCUUCAGCCUGACUGAUGAGCAGCUUCAGCAGCUCAGCCUCUUGGUCAAGAGUCCCCUGUUUGUGCCAGAGUCUGUUCGGGAAGUGAGCAAGGCCUGUGAGUCCCUGUGUCGAUGGGUGCAGGCUGUGUACGAGUGCUGCUCUGUGCAACAGCAGCUAUUGAUCAAGCAGCAGUUAGAGCAGCAGGUAAAAGAAGCCAGAGGUCGGCUGUGCUUGGCCAAGCAGCACAGGGCGGACGCACACCGACGUCUGCGGGAUUUAAAGCUUCAGCUUCGAUUUGUACAGAAAGAUUUAAAACAAUAUUUGAUGGAACUUCACAAAGCCGAGGAUGUAGACCGGGAAGCAACUUUAACUGCAGAACAGUUGGAGAUACAAGAAACAGAGUGGAGAGCUGCUGUUCAGGAGGUGAAGCUACACCACCAGAAUCUACCAGGAGAUGCUGUCAUUUUGGCUGCAAUCAUUGCGUAUUUAGGCCCCUUUGCCUCUGGUGUACGCACAGAAUUAAUAACCAAGUGGAGAGAAUUAUGUCGGACGGGAAACAUCGACAUAAAUCCACAGGACCCCAGAUCCUCCCUUCUCACACAGCAUGACUCUCCACCUCCUCUGCUCCGUCUUGGUUUCCCCAUCUCUGUAUCUAAGGAGCUGCAGGAACCUGUGGGUAGAGCGUUAGUCCAGAAAGACUGGCAUCUCCAAAACACUGCCAGACUCGUGGUUCAGCUGCUGUUGUGGGGUUACAGAAAUGUCCCGGCUCAAUGCUGCCCUCUGCUGGCAGAUACGCAACAAUAUCGAGACAUACAAUCUCAGAGUUGGUGCAUUACAGGAGAGAAAGACAAGUAUUACACUGAGUAUGAUUUGGUGAUUUGCGCUGAUGACUCUCAGCUGUUGGAUAAACUGGAUGGAGCUGCUCAAUGUGGUUUAAAAGUCCUGGUAACUCAUGUGGAACGUGCAAUCCCCAGUUCACAAUUUCUGCACAGACUUUCUCCACCUGCUCGAUGUUGCCUUCCAGGGUCACAGAAACAUUCUCUGCCAGCCCACCCCAAAUUUCGCCUCUUUCUAAGCACCAACCUGUCUGUGAGAAUUCUAAAUAAGGCACUCCAUCCAUCUGUUUUGGCUCACGUCCGUGUAGUUGACCUUUCUCUCAGCUCAGAUGAGAUCCAGGAGCUGAUGCUGACACAGCUGCUGCAAUCUGAGUGCAAAGAGCUGCUGAUUCAUCACAAACGGCUGCAGAAUGACAAGCGUGAGCUGCAGGAGAGACUGGCCACCGAGGAGGCUGCUCUGAUUGGCUUCAUUUUGCAGUCCAAACACUCAGAGUUAGAGCUCUGUGAGUUCCGUUCCACCGUUUCUGUUUUUCAAGAAGCAAUGAAAAGGCUGCAGGAUGAGGCUGAGAAGGUGAACGAGGAGCUAAAGUAUCACAAGGAUCUAGUGGCCGGCCUCCAGCAGCUGGUGUCACUGGCUGCUGCCCUAUACCAGACUCUGCAGGAUGUUUCCCGUCUCUCCCCUGUUUACUGCUUCCCUCUUCGUGGCUUCAUUAAAUUCAUACAAAACACUGUGACUGUUAAGGGAAGGCCGUUAGUGUCGUUCAUCACUGGAAAGGUCCCAGUGGGCAUAGUAUCCCAGGUUACAAACAAGAUGGUGCCUCAGCUGCUGCGUCACUACAGGCCCCUCCUGUUCAAGAGCCAUUUUGCUGUUUUAAAGCUGUUGGUGUCUGUGGCUGUGCUGCGGCACGACCGCCUCUGCUCUGAGGGUGAAGCAGCGGCCUUCAUCAGGGGCCUUCAAGACAUAGAAGCACCUGCAAAACAUGACGCACAAUCCUGUGCCUCCGUGCCCAGCUGGAUACCCACUCAUAUCCACUCAGAGCUGCUCUGUCUAGAGAACAUCCCGUCAUUCAGGGGCCUCGUCGCUUCACUUUCCUCAUCCUCAGUUCAGUGGCAGGAGUACAUGCACUCUCCCUCUUCCGCUCUGGUGGGGGCCGUUCCCUGUCGCUCUCACUCCCAUCUCUCCUUGCUACAAAGAGCCCUCCUUUGGAGAAUCAUGAACCCCAGCUGCCUCGGGGAGCUGGCUGAUGUGAUUGCUGGCUGCCACCUCUGUCUGCCUGUGGAGGCAAAAAGAUCUGAGGCCCCUCACACCGGGAACCCACACUCCCUCUUAGGAUACAUGGCCAAACAUGAAGGACCCAUUAUUCUUACCUUGCCAAGUUCUGGAGGAGACAAGUUGACAAGUACUCAGCCUCUGCAGCUCAUUACCAAACUGGCAGACUCUGUACCUGCAGCAACGGGUGGAAAGCAGAAGGUCAGGUUUAUUUCUUUUGGGGUUUUGUUUGAUGGAGAAACGUGUGUCUCUGCACUAAAGAAAGCAGCCAGUGAAGGCCACUGGUUAGUUUUUAAUGACUGUCAUCUNNNNCAAUGGGAUGAUGAGGUCGUGACACUCUUCAACCGUCUGUUCUCUUCCGUAAAAGAACAACAAUGUGGUUCUGACUCCUGCUUUCGGGUGUGGUUCAUAACUCAUGAAGACACAGUGCACCACAUACCAGCGACAGUGCGGUUGUGUUCUCUGACUCUGGUCUGUGACUCUCCAUGGGACCUGAAGGAGGACAGAGAUACGGAGUUCCUGCUCCGCUCUGCCACUUUCCACUCUGUCCUACUGCAGCGACAGAGCUGUAAACUCUUGGGACAGGGGAGGAUCUACAACUGGAAUCAAGUGGACCUUCUGGCGUUGGUUGAAGCACAUCAUUCAAUUGUCAGACUCUGUCACAACAGAACUAAAGCUUUACAUUAUGUCGCAGUCAGUCUGGUCCACGGGGGACACGUGUCAGACCCAGCAGAUCUGGAGGUGGUGGGAAACAUAGCAGAGAGGUGUCUCAGUAGAGAGUCACCUCUGUGGAGCAGAGAUGAGCCCCACAGUCCUGCACAGUUUGAUUUGUCACGACUGCUGAACAUCAUGGAGCAGAGUCUCAAGGACUCGGCAAACACCGACGACCCCCUUCUGUUGGGCUUCGGUGUGGACGUGGCAGCCGAGAUUAUCAAGAUCAACAGCCACAACUUAAACAUUCUACUGCAGGCCUCGCAGACCCCCCCGAGAUCAAUCAGGACUCUGCCGCAGCAGCCCUUUGUAAUGCCAGGCUACAGCCAAGCUGCAGACAGACUGCAGGCUCUGAAGACGUAUCUGACAGACAAGAAGAGUAGAAUUACAAAUGCAGGAGCUGCUCCUCAGAGUCCCCUGUGUGACUUCCUGCAGGCACAGCGGGAUGAGCUGCUCGACACAGUUGCCACUCUCCUGUCACGGCUUCGACAGCCCGUUCAAUAUGGCACGGAGACCGUCUCUUCACUUCUCUGUCUCGAGGAUUUGUCCCACCUGCAGAGGAGGGCAGAGCUGCUGAGCUCUUAUGUCACACACAACUACACUUCAGAUCCACCGGGAGCAUACCGACUCUCAGCUUUUAGUAAUGCCAAGGGAUUUCUGGUGGCAAUGAUGAGAGAAGCCUCGCGAGUGAAUCGCAAAUAUGUCAGCGACAUAAUACUGACUUUCCAGGUUCUAAAUCAAAGCACUUGUCCAGCCUUGUCUCCACCUGUGGAUGCUGUGUAUCUGUGUGGCUUAGAGCUGAGAGGAGCAUCAUGGAAUAAUCAGUGUGGAGUCUUAGAGGACACAGUCUCUUCACAGCCAUGCACUCUACCUCCUGUUUGUAUCAAGGCUGAAGUUAGGAGCAAAAUCAAUGUCAGAGAUGAUUUUUGUUCUGGUAAAAGUUCAUAUUUAAUGGACAAAAACAAUGUUCAGAUUUCAGGGGCUUCUCCAUCCACAGCCUCUGAGUUACCAGUCUACCACUGCCCACUUUACCUGGAUGGAAAACAGGGGACUGGAGAAUCAGGAUUGGCUGACGCUAAUAUCAUUACUCUGGUUCCUCUCCGUACUAGACUUAAUCCUGUGUCGUGUAAUUUAAAAAGAGUAAGGCUUGUGAGUGUUCUCUGACUGAAUACACCUAAAGUUAUCACGAAGAUCUCAACGUGUACUGAUGCAACAUCAAUUCAAAUGUGUAAAAUAUGCAUACUGUAUAUGUGUAUAUAUUUUAUUUUCUUCUGUACCAUUUGUUGUAAUAUUUGAUGUUUUUCUAAUACUGUUUGUUGAGUCUUCAUGUUCUAAAGAAUGAUAUUGUAAAUGCUAUUAUAAAAAUAUUCAUGAC